UAAAAUUUAAUGUGUCUUGUAUUUUUCCCACAUUCUAACGUCGUUUCCAUCCGUCGUGUGCCAUGGAGAAAUUCCUAAGCGUAAAUACCCUUUACAAAUCCGAUCCGGACUUAAAGCAAGAAGACGUGGAAAUGUUAUCGAAGUGGUGUGACCAACAAAAGCAUUUUCCCAAAGUAUUAGACAUACAGAUCGCCUUGGCACUACAUUCUUGCUAUUACAGCGUUGAACAAGCAAAAAAUUGCCUGGAAAACUAUUUUACCAUCCGCGGAAUGGUUCCAGAGCUGUUUUCCAAUGGAAAUCCAGAUAAGAGUGCUCCCUUAAAACAAGCUAUGGAGGUCAAUUUAGUGUCAAUCCUACCGCAAAGAACCAAAGAGAAUUACAUCGUAGUAUUAGCCAAAUUAAUGGACACGAAUCCGGAUCUAUACAAUCCCCAAUUGGCGUCCAAGGUGUUUGAUAUGCAAAUACUCAGACACGUGUAUACUGAAGGGCCUAGCAGUGGAGUUUUGGUGAUCAUAGACAUGACGGGUGGAGUUUUCGGGCACCUGCUUAAGAUGAAUUUGACAGACUUUAAGAAAUUUCUGGUUUAUAUACAAGAUGCGAUGCCUAUAAGACUCAUUGGAGUUCAUUUCAUAAACGUGGUCCCUUUUAUGGAUAAAAUUUUGGCACUUUUAAAGCCAUUUAUCAGGAAAGAGUUUUUUUCAAAGAUAUUUAUUCAUACAAACAUGGAUACCUUUUAUGAGCAUGUACCUAAGGAAGCCUUACCUGUAGAUUAUGGAGGCGAGGCAGAUAGUGUGAACUACCAAUUCGAAAAAUACAAAAAACAAAUAUACGACAAUCAGUGGUUUUACGACUUCCAAGACACCAUGGUGGUGGACGAGGGUAAAAGAGUUGGACCAAGAAAAGAUGCCGACAGUCUCUUCGGAUUUGAUGGCACUUUUAGGAAACUAUCUGUAGAUUAAGUUUUUUUUUAAUUUAAUAGAAAUGCCAAAUAUUACUUGGCGGUUAUUUAAAUCUGUUGCAUAAACAUUUAUGAGAAUUAUUUUUAUAAUUCGAGUUUCUGCAGAUAUGUUGAUAUUUAAUAGGCAAAGACGUAAUUUAUGUGUCCAGUUCAUAUUUUAAUGUAAAUAUAUACAUUAUGCAAUAGUAAAUAUAUUAGUUUAUAAAAUGUCCUCAAGACAUUUCUGAGAUUUAAAUACUAACAGACAUCCUUGGAAUGUCUUACCCAAUGGUAUAGAUUUUAGUGGAAGCAUCAUGUAUGUAUGAUUUUACAUAUAUCACAUGUAAUUUUUUUAAUAAAAGCUUAGUAAGAACUUAA